AUGUUAACCAAUCCAAUCUCCUUAUUAUGGCUCGUAUGGGGACUGACUAUUGGUGCCUUGGGAUUUACGAAAGCACCGAUAGCUCUGAACUCACAUGAAACAGAACUGUCAAAACAAGGCAUCAUCAGUCUGACGUCGGCGUUGUAUGGAACUCCACACAAAACGAAACGCAAAGGAAAUACUGUGGUCGCUGUCAGGAAUCCCUUUCAGCUUUCACAAGGGCUAUUAAAGAGAAAGUUAUCAGAGGUUGGAAAGCGUGAUCAAUUGGGCUUGGGGCUUUCGCAGUCAUAUUGUGACAAAGUGUUAGGACUUUGUGUGGCAUCUGAUGAAUGGGAUCACGUCCUGGAAGUUUUGGAUGUCAUGAAGCGGCACGGUCUCAAACAAGAGCGAAGUUCCUAUCGAGCUUGCUUACAAGCGUGCUUUGGGGCUGGAAACGGACCAUCGGCACAAGAAAUAUUAAGUGCUAUGGAAAAAGCAGGAAUGGAUGCAGAACCAGUUGAUAUUGGUUUGACAGCUGCUGCCAUGUGUCGAAACAACCUAUCCGAAAAUGGAUGGUGGAGAAAAGCAUUGACCUUACUGAAGCAGCAUAGCCAUGGCGAUUCUUCGAGUUCCAUCACAUCGCGCAAUAAUCCCAUUCCGAUUCAGGCUUACAACGCUGUUCUUGAAUGCAUGGCGGAAGAACGCCAAUGGAAAGAAGCUGUGCGAUUCCUUCGAUUGAUGGAAAAGGGUUCGGUCAAGACUGCAAAGAAAGAAGAUGGAAUCUAUCCUACGCCAGCCCUGUCCACUUAUCGGGCAGUGAUUGAAAGUUGUGCGGGAUCGAAUCAAGCCGAACAGGCGAUUCAAGUUCUCAAAUCGAUGAAGCAUCAUGGAGUUCAGCCAAAUACUUAUGUUUGUGAGUUGGUCAUCUCCGCCUUUUCCAAGAAGAUGCAGUGGCGACGGGCAAUUCAAAUAUUGGAUCUGAUGGAGGAGCUCGAUGUGCCCAAGACAGUCGUUACCUAUAACACAGUCAUUUCUGCUUGUGCACGAUCGCGAGAAGUGGGCAUGGCCAAGAACUUACUCAGCAAAAUGAAAAAGGAAGGCAUGCGACCUGAUGAAGUUUCGUUCAACUCGGUUAUCGGGGCUUGCGCCAGUACUGCUCGGUGGAAAGAUGCAUUAGCACUGCUAGAUCAGUGCUAUCGGGAACCAGGAGUGACUCCCAAUAUUUACAUUUACACGAAUGCAAUGAGGGCUUGUGCAAGGGGUGGGAGCCCUAAGAGAGCGCUAAGUCUGUUGCAAGUUGUAAAAGAUAAAGGACUGCCAUUAGACAGUUACUGCUACACAGCAGUCAUUGAUGCGUGUGCCAAGGGAGGAAUGUGGAAACAGGCACUAUCUUUACUGGACGAAAUGCAAACAAAAGCCAUUGCACCCACCGAAGUGACAUAUAGCGUUGCCAUUUCGGCAUGUGGCAAUGGAGGCCAAUGGCAAAAGGCACUAAAUAUUUUGCAGCUGAUGCGCCAACAAGGAAUGAACGUGAAUUUGAUUACCUACAAUGCCGCCAUUACUGCCUUGUCCAAGGCAUCGCGUUUUCAUGCCAAAAAAUCUUCUGGCGUCAAAUCAGAUGAAAUCGGCUCUGAAGACCUGUGGUCUCGCGCUUUGCUGCUUCUGGGACAAAUGAAAAAGGAUGGAAUCGAACCAGAUGGAUUUUGCUAUUCUUCGGCAAUCAGUUGUUGUGGAGCCGAAGGUCGAUGGGAAGAAGCGCUGAAAUUAAUUGAAGUGAUGAAGAAAGGAGGACCACGAACUCGUCCGAACAAGGUUGCCUAUACAGCUGCCAUUUGCGCCUGUGGUCGAGCCGGAGAAGCUGAUCACGCUUUGAAUCUAUUCCAAAGUAUGCAAAACGAAGGACUCUCAGCAGACCGAGUUGCAUACAAUGCCUUGUUUUCGGCUUUUCGCGUGGCUGGGGAUGCAGACAAGACAUACGAAUUAUGGCGAGAAAUGAUUGGCAAGCCCACCACCACAUUUUCUCAGCCAUCAAACUCCAUUGCCAGGGCCAAGAGUUCGGCGUCUCCCGAUAUCAUUACUUUGACUGAUUGUACCGCCACCCUAUUCCGUGCUUCUCAGUUUAAAAAAAUGGACAAAGUGUUUGCUGAAGCUGUCGAUAGUGGGAUAAUAUUGCGAGGAAAUCGAUUGGACUCUCAGUGGGAGACGGACUUAUCAGGCAUGUCUAUUCCGGUUGCCAGCGCUGCUUCGCGGUAUAUCUUGAACCAAAUUCGAAGUCUUAAACCAAAGGACCUCGAAGACAUUUCAUUCAUUACUGGAGUCGGAACUUUCCACCGAAAGGGACAAAAUAAAACGGGUUCGUCGAAAGAAACCGCCAUGUCGCUAAGAGACUUUUUGCGGUCCAUGUUGGACACAGAAUUUCAAUUGGAAUCCUACAUUCCUCCUCGGGCCAAGGGAACGGUUGUGAUCAAGAAGGAAGCGCUGGCUCAAUGGAUUGAACAAUGA